UAAAUAUGGCUGCUGCAACCUCCAGCUUGUCCUGAUCGGCCGAGACGACGUCGAGGACGCCCCGCCGGAGAGGAGGCCGACCGCGGCCGGGAGAGCGAGCGGAUGCCGGGGACGAUGUGAGCCCCGUCGGCGUGCGUUUGCCGAGAGGAGGCCGAGCACAGCGACACCACAGCCCGCGGCCGCGCAGGACUCCGGCGGGCGGCCAUGGAGGGCAACGUGCGUGUUCGCGCCGUGGUGAUGACACGUGACGACUCCAGCGGCGGCUGGGUGCCCCUGGGCGGCGGCGGCCUUAGUCAUGUGGUCAUCUGCAAGGGGCGGAGCCACAAGCGGAGGGAGUACGUCAUCCGUGGAGAGAGGCUGCGAGACGGAGCGGUGAUGAUGACGACGUCGCUUAUGGUCCAGAAGGUUUCUUCGAACCCCCAAAACCUUAUUGAAUGUCUGAUGCUUGUGUGUUUUCAGCCGGUGCUGGAAUGCGCUGUGCAAAAGGGGUUGGUCUACAACAAGGUGAACCCCAUUUUUCAUCACUGGCGGGUGGGCGAGCGCAAAUUCGGCCUCACCUUCCAGAGUCCCGCCGACGCCAUUUCCUUUGAGAAGGGUCUGCGGGCCGUCAUCGACAAAUUGGACCGAGGGUCAUACUCACCCUUGUUGUCUACCCCGGAGGAGGCGGACACCGAGGACGACGGGCAAGCUUCCCAUACAGGCAGCGAGUCGUCCUCCAACAGCAGGAAGGAGAUGCUCCCGAAGCCCAUCACUAUCGUGACUAGCGAAUCGUCCUCGAUGUGCUUCGUGCGAACCGAGGAGUUCGCUUUUACAUCCGGCGGAACCACGCAGACACCCGCCCAGAUCCACGCCAGGCCGGGACAACACCAGCUGUCACAAAUGACUGCCGCCUUGAAUCCCCCGUCACCGCCGCCUCCGGCCCCGCCGUCCUCACCCGCCGGGCCCCCUGCCUCGUCGCCGCUAUCGCCAACCUUUUCCCUGCUGGAGGAGGGGGACCUGCGCAGCGUGGAUCCCUGUAAGGACCUGUGGGGGUCCAGAGGGUAUGAAGACUAUCGACGAGCGGGGUCUACCAGGACUAUGGUUGGGGGGCUGACGGGAGGCGUGGUGGUGAGCAGUGGGGGGAGCCUGCAGGACAAGUCGGAGCUGUGCGUGGUCCGCUUUGAGAAGGAGAUGUCCGGGCUGGGAACGGGGUGCUGCGACGUCACAGUGAGCCUGGAAAGCAAAGCGGCUCAGCGCCUGUCCUCGUCCCCGCCCACCUGCAUGUCCAUCCCCAACGCUGUGUCCGGCGGGUCCUCAGGGGCCGGCUCCCCCCAGGAGACCGGCAAAGGCUCCCCUUCGCCGUGCUGCAUUCACACCUCCCUGGCCACGCCACGCUCACGGACUCGUAAGAGGGGCGGGGACCCGGGCUCCAUCUCUCCCGAUGACGACAGCCCGUGCCCGCAAGCAUCAUCCUCGUGCUCGUCCCGCUGCGUUUACUGCCGAUCGGUGUUCAGCGCCUCGGAAAACGGCCGGGGCCGCUGCAGGGACGCCCCGGACCCGGCCCUGCGCUGCCUACGCCAAUGGACCUGUGUGUGGUGCGCCGAGAGCCUGCUCUACCACUGCAUGUCGGACUCCGAGGGUGAGUUCUGGGAGCCGUGCUCCUGCGACGACUCCAUGGGGGGCCACCCGCACCCCCUGUGCUGUGCCCGCUGGUUGGCCCUCCUGGCCCUGUCGCUCUUCGUGCCCUGCAUGUGCUGCUACCUGCCUUUACGCGCCUGCCUGCGUUGCGGCGAGCGGUGCGGCUGCUGCGGGGGAAAGCACAAGGCGGUCCGAUGAGACCAGGCGAGGGAAAGGAAGCAAGGGGGGAUCCUCUGACGCAGGCCCCGACCUGACCCUCCAAAGCCCCCCGACGGCUUUCCACUGCAUUCCGCUAGUUCUCUUUUCGAACCGGGGGGCCUUCUCGUAUCUUGCUCAAACCAUCCUUCACGGAGCCUUUCAUUAUGGAUCGAAGUCGAUGUCCGUUUGGCGACCCAGAGACUUAACGCGAGGACGAGGGUGGGUAACGACCUGUGCCCCUUUUUAAAAUCUCCAUUGAUCAAAGAUUUAAAAAAAAAAAAAAAAAAAAAAACGCACACACAAUGAUUUAACAGACACUCCCCAAUUUAUGAACAAAUUCCUGAAAGAUGUUCAUAGGCCGUUGUUACGUUGCCCUUUAAUUUUUAUUUCUUGUGCCAAGGCACGUAGUUUAUGACAAAUUUAAAAUCAUUUUUAAAAAAUGACACAGAACACAUUCAGUGUGGAUUCUGAAAAAAAAAAAAAAAAAACUUUGUGUGAAUG